GAGAAUAUAAUGUUUCAGGGUAAGACCCUCCAAGUUCUGGACAUUUUAAAAAAAUUCUAAAUCCUGCCUUGAGCCUCAUUCAAUGCGAACUCCUCAAAUUAUUCAGACUGUUUGUAGCUGCAUUCACAAGACUGUCAUAUGAAUUACAAGCUAAAAUGGUGAAUACAGAUUGAAGGAACAUUAUGUGACCUUUCAGCGUGAAAUUCCAGGCCACUUCCUCCGUGAAAGUGCGGAUGGAUUGAUUUCGUUCUUCGCGCAGGAUCGGGACCCACUGCGUAUUGUGGCAAAUAAUAAAUCAUCGUGGGAAGACUGUGCUUCCAGACGACCGAAGGACCGAAGUUUUUUUCGAUCCUCUGGAGAAAAAAACUGCCAAACUUCAAACUAAGUUUUCCAUAUUUUAUGUUGGUGUGUCUGUGUUUUUAACGCUGUAAUGACCCGGACAAGGCAUGUGGAUGGAUAAAAAUUAUGCUUUCGGGGGAUUGUUUUACAUCCAAUGCAGUCUACGGAUCCGUCAUGUGUCACCAGCAGGGGGUGCUCAAGGAUGGGGCUGCUGUGCUGCUCUCCCUCACUGGUGAAGACAAUGCUUGCAGUGGCUUCCUUGAUCCUGCUGGCGAAGCUCUGCGAGGGCCGGUCGGAUGUGUCCCGUGGCGUCGCGAUUCCUUUCGUGUUUGACCCCAAAGCCACAUGUGAACCACCUUGUAAACAUGCAGGCAUCUGUAUCCGAAACAACACCUGCUUCUGCUCCAAGGGCUACGAGGGAGAAGUCUGCCAGUAUGCUACCUGUGACCCCAAAUGUAAGAAUGGGGGGGAAUGUCUUCGUCCUGGGAAAUGCAGAUGUCCUCCGGGAUUUGGGGGGAAAUACUGUCAUAAAGUGGUGUGCGACGGAGGCUGCUGGAACGGGGGGGAGUGCAUUGCGGAGAACUGGGUGGUGAAAUGCCUCUGUCCCUCCAGCUGGACGGGCUCCAAAUGCCAGGAAGCGAUAUGUCCCCAGGGAUGCCAGAACGGGGGCAGCUGUGUGGCCCCAGGCAUCUGUAGCUGCCCCGAGGGCUGGCUUGGAGGAGCCUGCCAUGUUGCUGUGUGUAAACGGCCGUGUUUAAAUGGCGGGAAGUGCAUCUCCCCAAGCGUGUGCAGAUGCCGUGUCCCUUUCUCUGGGCCGCAGUGUGAAGUGAGGAAAAUGUUUUAACUCUGGAACCGGACAAGACCAUGGAGACAAUACUGACCUAUAUCAUAUAUCCCUGUGUAAACCUGAUUGUUUUUAUAGUCAUAAAUCAUGGUGCUUUUGAGAAAUCCUUGAAUUUGUAAUUUUUUUUUUUUGAAACACUGAAAUAAACGUAAAGAAAUGUUAGUCAGAGACAGACCUGUGAGGAUUGAACAGAAAAUGGAAAUUCUCUGGAACGAUUGUUUCAUCAUACUGUUAAUACCAAAUAAAAUUUGUUUACUUAAAA